AUGCACUGUGUUACAGUUUCUUCAGGUGAGAAGCAACUAGUGGCAUAUAUUUCUUGUAUGUUACUUGGAAUUGGAUCUGUUAUUACUUUUACAUCAGCCAUGGGAUUCCUUGGAAGUGUUAAGGAAAUCAAACGUCUACUAGUUACAGCAAGUUGUGUGAGUUUUCAGAUCCUGGUGUUUGUUACUCAGAGGUCAAUGUUGGUGCUGAUAUUUGUGAAGAAAGAAGAGGUCCACCAUCAGUGGAACAACAGAACUGAUGAAGUUAUUUCUGAAUACGGCAAUGAGAGUCUGGCUGAGCAGGAACCCAUGUGGAACAUUCUGAAUGCUGUGCAGCACAAUAUGGAAUGCUGUGGAAGAGACAAUGUCACACAGUGGGAAAGGAAUAAAACCAAGGAAAAUAGUACUCAAAACCCAUGUUCAUGCAUAAAAUCUAGUCUGAAGAAAUGGUUUUGUGAUGUCCCAAGGGAUUCAACGUACAGUAUGAUAAGAAAUAAAAAACUUGGAUGUGAAGAAUAUUUAAAUAUAUGGUUUGAAAACAAUGUUUUGAUCUUAACUGCAAUUACUAUCAGCCUGCUAAUUACACAGAUAUUUUUGACCACACUAACUGGUCAGCUAUUUUAA